GUCGUCAGUUCAUCUCCGUCUGCCUGCCGCUGGUGCAGGUGAGGCCUAUGCGGGAAGAUGGCGACGGAAAAACCGAAGCAUGAAGGCAGGGUUAAAAUUGGACACUACAUUCUCGGGGACACGCUUGGGGUGGGCACAUUUGGAAAAGUAAAAGUGGGUCAGCAUGAGCUGACCAAACACCAAGUGGCCGUGAAGAUCCUGAACCGGCAGAAGAUUCGCAGUCUGGACGUGGUGGGGAAGAUCCGCCGGGAAAUCCAGAACCUCAAGCUCUUCCGCCACCCUCACAUUAUUAAACUGUACCAAGUCAUUAGCACACCAACAGACAUCUUUAUGGUGAUGGAGUACGUAUCAGGAGGAGAGCUGUUUGACUACAUCUGUAAAAACGGCAAGCUGGACGAGAAGGAGAGCCGGCGGCUGUUCCAGCAGAUCAUCUCCGCCGUGGACUACUGCCACCGGCACAUGGUGGUGCACCGGGACCUCAAGCCCGAGAACGUCCUGCUGGACGCCCACAUGAACGCCAAGAUCGCCGACUUCGGAUUAUCAAAUAUGAUGUCCGAUGGAGAAUUCUUGAGAACGAGCUGUGGGUCUCCAAACUACGCUGCUCCUGAAGUCAUAUCUGGAAGAUUGUACGCGGGGCCCGAGGUGGACAUCUGGAGCAGCGGCGUGAUCCUGUACGCGCUGCUGUGCGGGACGCUGCCCUUCGACGACGACCACGUGCCCACGCUCUUCAAGAAGAUCUGCGACGGCAUCUUCUUCACGCCUCAGUACCUCAACCCGCAGGUCAUCAGCCUGCUCAAGCACAUGCUGCAGGUGGACCCCAUGAAGAGGGCCACCAUCAAGGAGAUCCGAGAGGACGACUGGUUCAAGCAGGACCUGCCCAAGUACCUGUUCCCUGAGGACGCGUCCUACAGCAACACCAUGAUUGACGAGGAGGCCCUCAAGGAGGUGUGUGACAAGUUUGAGUGCACAGAGGAGGAGGUGCUUACAUGUCUCUACAGCCCCCCUGUCCCUUCCGCCAGCCGGAAUCAUCAGGACCCCCUGGCCGUGGCCUACCACCUGAUCAUCGACAACCGGCGCAUCAUGAGCGAGGCCAAGGACUUCUAUCUGGCCUCCAGUCCGCCGGACUCCUUCCUGGACGACCUGCCCGCCCACCACUUCACCAAGCCGCACCCCGAGCGCAUGGCCUACCUGGUGGCCGACGCCCAGCCGGCGGCGGUGCGGCCCCGCCACACCCUGGACGAGCUCAACCCGCAGAAGUCCAAGCACCUGGGCGUGCGGCGCGCCAAGUGGCACCUGGGCAUCCGCAGCCAGAGCCGGCCCAACGACAUCAUGAGCGAGGUCUGCCGCGCCAUGAAGCAGCUGGACUACGAGUGGAAGGUAGUGAAUCCCUAUUAUUUGCGCGUGAGGAGGAAGAAUCCUGUUACAGGCAUGCAGACGAAGAUGAGCUUACAGCUCUACCAAGUGGACAGCAGAACGUACCUGCUGGACUUCAGGAGCAUAGAUGACGAUGUGAUGGAGGCCAAAUCUGGGACUGCAACCCCUCACCGCUCCGGCUCAGUGGGGAACUACAGAAUGGCCCUGAAGAAUGACAAGACUGAGAAGGGCGAGGUGGUGGACGGAGAGGCCUCGGCCCCCUCCACGCCCCCGGUGACCCAGGCCCACGGCCGCGACGGCUCGCUGGCCUCCUCGCUCACCUCCUCCGUGGACUCGACCGGAGGUGAGCCGUACCCGCGACCCGGCAGCCACACCAUCGAGUUCUUCGAGAUGUGCGCCAACCUCAUCAAGCUGCUCGCGCGAUAGCUCUCAGUUGCUCACACCGCCUUCUGCUCUCUCUCUCUCUCUCUCUCUCUCUCUCUCUCUCUCUCUCUCUCUCUCUCUCUCUCUCUCUCUCUCUCUCUCUCUCUCUCUCUCUCUCUCUCUCUCUCUCUCUCUCUCUCGUUUCUGUCAUACCAUCUCCUUGGAUUGUCUCUUUCUCUCUGUCUCACUCUUUGUGUCUUUAUAGCAAUAAGCAUGUUAACAGACUCAUUGCUCUACAUCAUUCCACGCAGCUGGAUGAAUAUGAUUGGUUCAUGGAUGCACUGAGGUGGACGUUUCAUCGCUCUGAUUGGGUGACAGAAAGGGGAGAGAUUAGAUUUAGUGGGGCACUGUUACAGAACACUGCACCUGGUGUGCUUGAGUCCUGUGUGGGUUCUGCGGUGUUUGCCUGCAGCUCAGAGUCCUGAUAUGAUUAAGAAUGGAUUCAGUGAUUUACUACACCAUAAUGAUUUGAUGUAUGAACAUUUAUCAAACGUUUAGUUGGUAAUACAUUGGAGUCGAGUCAGUUUACCCUCUGUUAGUCACACUGUUCAGCUCCCAGUCACAGAGGAUAUCGUUUCUCAAUGUGGCCUUGAAAGGGAAAACUGUCAUAGGUAUCUGGACAGGGACAAUUAAAGGUGUAUAUAACUUCCUGUAGCAAAAUUAUGUUUAGAAGUAGGCUUGAACCCCAUUACCUAAUUUCAAAAACCAUGGAUAUCAGUGAGUUACAUGAAAGUACAAUUAUUUAAUCUCAGAACCUGUUGGUGUUGGUGCUUCAGGCAAGCAUCUUGGGACUCUCACACAGCCAUCUCAAGGUAGCAUGACGUGGCUUCGUGUUCUGCAGAUUUCAGUGCCCCUUGAGAGGAGAGAGAGGAAGGGAGAAGGCAGCGGAACUGAGAAAUCUUUGCUACGCCACUUUACUGAAAUAUUCGUCAUUUUACAGAUUGUUUUUGGUAGUCUUCACAAAGAAAUUUGCCCCCCCUCAACAGUGACCACAAACUUAACUUGCCCCAGUGUUUUAUGAAUGACUGAAAGUGAUACACUGAGCUCACUGUACUGUAUCCAGAUAGAGUUGCAAGAUUACGUGUGUGUGCGAGAGAGUCUGUGUGUUUGUAUGUGUGUGUAUGUAUGUAUGUAUGUAUGUGUGUAUGUGUGGGUCUGGUCACACUGAUCUUUUGAUUAGCUGCGUGGUGGGAAGCACUUUUGUUAAGCAGUUUUGUUUUCAUACCUGCUGCUCCGCUUCGCGCUAACUGGCGCCUGAACGGCCAGCAGAUCCAGGCCUCGGAGGUCUUCUGAGCACCCAACCCUGCCCACCCCCAACACCCCCCGACGGGCCCAGUCAAAGGCCUGUCAAAGACCACAGUCCUCCUGGCAGACCCAGAGGUCAUAUGACCAUCCAGCACUCUAGAGGCCCAGGGCCCCCCAAGCAUGCAGGACAUUUAGGGCCUAGUAGCUUUCUAGAGCAUCAGGUCCCAGUUAUCAGGGGCCCGAGCAGCCAUGUUGAGUGCCCAGCUCGGCGCUGUAGGGCUAACGGCUAUCUGAAUGCCUGUAGCACCAGUACCCAAGUCGCUCUGUGAGGAAGUGCAAUGCCCCCGUGUCUCUAUGUUCAGGAAAAAAAAGAAACAUUUUUAUUUUGAAUUUUGUUUGGAUUUGUUUUUUUUUUUUAAGCAGAGGUUGUUUCUUGUCUCGGAAGUUCUGAAUGGUCUGUUCCUUACAAUUUUAUAGACAUAUAUCUAUAUAUUCAGAAUAAACAAUUGUGUUUGGAUCUAUAUUUAUCAGUGCUCAUAAGUAUAGCAGAUUAUAAUGUGGAUUUAUGGACUUUGAAUGAUUCGCUUUUUAAAAUGAUUAUAUAUUGCUGGAUGACGUUUUAUUUGAUACACGUUUGUUUUUUUCCUUUUUUUAACUUUAGGUUUUAAUUGAAAAAGACCACUGGUUAGAUGGACCAGGGAGGUAUUGUCAGAUGACUUAUGAUUGAACUUGAUCUUUAAAACAGAAGUUCUCAUUCCAGCGAGCAAAGUGGGAUGUCAGAAUUAACCUUAGAGUGAGUGUGGAAUAAUCAUAGGGAUAAUUCAUGUCAAGGUUAGCCUUAAAAAAAAAAAAAAGGAAGUCAACAGUUAACAUUUUCCUUCUUGAAAUUUAAUUCUGCUGAUUUUGACUGAGAUGUUAAUUGCCUGACACAAAAAAGUUUGAUGCGCAUGACAAUUGUAGUUACGGACACUGUUAUAUAUUUUUGUUACUGGUAACAACGCGCAAGUGGGAUUUGCAUGUAGCAACCAUUUUGACUACAUGAAAGGAUUUGUUUAGGUUUUUGCAAUCGAAGGGUUGAAAAGGAACUAAUUAGACAUGAACUCAGACACACUCGUAUUGAGCCGGCUGAAGCGGCAGUGGUCUAUUUAAAAAAGGAAAAAAAAAUCUGAAGAGGUGUACCUAGUCCUUUGAACUGUGUUCCCAGGUCCAACCUGAUUGUGUUUGUCACAUCACUCUGAUAUGUUCUUGGAUGUCUGUCCUCAGUAACAGUCUUGAAUCCGCCUCUGUUAGUUUGUCAGAUGCCUUAUCAUGCGAUUUACUUGUGUUCUGGAUUCAGGAAGAGUCUGUUUCUUUGUGUGUGUGGGUGUCAUAUGUCCCUAUGGUACCACAGGAACCAAGUGUUGGUAUGACGUGAGAUAAAAAUGUUUCUGAGAGGCACACAGUAGACCAUAGUCGUAACGGAUGAUUCCAAUAGGAAGUGUGUUUUUUUAAGUGCUUUCUUGAAUGGUCUGGGACCCAAUAGGAGCACACACUUCUUUAAAAAUGUUUUUUUUUUAAUUAUUAUUUCUUCUCUGCAUUAUCAUGCCUGGAUAUGCGAUAGAGUGCUUGCACUUCUGAUGAUGAGAGAGGAUGGAAACAAGCAUCUAUCGCUGACAUCAUGUCUUAACUGCUUUUGAGAAUCUUUACCUUUUUUUUUGGUGUGUGGAAAGGGACCCAGUUCUGAGGUUUGACCUUUGUAAAGUUAUUGAUUGUGUAUUAAAAAACAAAAAAGAAAAUGAAAAGAAAAAUUUGUACACACAACUGCCUAAUAAACUGCUAAAUCGCA